AGCGCCUCGGUCGCUCCCCAGCAGCACCCCCGGGACAGCAGCGUCCCGUCGGCCUCGCAGCAGCACCCGGGCCUCCCUCCUUGCCGCCCGGCCCGGGCUCUCCCGCCGCUGCUCCGCUGCCGAGGACACCUCAUGGGAAAUAAAUAAAUAAAUUACCCCACUCAUCCCCGCGGCAGGGAGACGAGGCGGUGGUCGCGGGAUUAGAUCCAGCCCGAGCUAGAAACCAGCGUAAUUGGAGAAGAGACAGAUAUCAAAUAUGCCACCAGCAACAGCAGCACCAGAGUACCCACCUCCAGAUGGAGGUUGGGGAUGGGUUGUGGUCUUUGGCGCUUUUAUCUCCAUUGGAUUUUCCUAUGCAUUCCCUAAAGCCAUCACAGUAUUCUUCAAAGAAAUACAAGAAAUCUUCCAUACAUCAUAUAGUGAGAUAGCUUGGAUAUCAUCAAUAAUGUUGGCUGUCAUGUAUGCAGGAGGUCCCAUAAGCAGCGUUUUGGUGAAUAAGUAUGGUAGCCGGCCUGUGAUGAUAGCAGGUGGUAUCCUGUGUUCGUUUGGAAUGAUUGCUUCCUCUUUCUGCAAUAGUGUCCUGGAACUUUAUCUAUGUAUUGGUGUUGUUGGAGGUCUGGGUUUAGCAUUCAACUUACAGCCUGCCUUGACCAUGAUUGGCAAGUAUUUCUAUAAGAAGCGUCCUAUUGCUAAUGGAUUGGCCAUGGCUGGAAGUCCAGUGUUUCUGAGCACAUUGGCACCUCUCAAUCAAUUCCUCUUUAAUGCAUUUGGCUGGAAAGGAAGCUUUCUCAUUCUGGGAGGACUUCUUUUGAACUGCUGUGUGGCGGGGUCACUUAUGAGACCUGUGGGACCGAAAACAGUCCGUCCUGUGAAAAAAGAUGUUGAAAAAGGCACAGGAGAUUCUACCUUGCACAAAAACAACAAGAAGUCUUUUUGGCAAACUAUGAAUAAGUAUCUAGAUCUGUCCCUCUUCAAACACAGAGGGUUUCUGAUCUAUUUGUCAGGAAAUGUGAUUAUGUUUAUUGGCUUCUUCGCUCCGAUAGUAUUCUUGGCUCCUUAUGCAAAGCACAAGGGAAUUGAUGAAUAUUCUGCUGCUUUUUUGCUAUCUAUCUUAGCCUUUGUAGACAUGUUUGCUAGGCCUUCAAUGGGACUAGUAGCAAACUCCAAGUUUAUCCGGCCAAAGAUUCAGUACUUUUUUAGUUUUGCUGUCUUGUACAAUGGCAUCUGUCAUGUCUUGUGCCCUCUGGCAACAAAUUAUACUGGCUUGGUGAUAUAUGCUGUAUUUUUUGGGUUUGCAUUUGGAAUGGUUAGCAGCGUUCUUUUUGAGACACUGAUGGACCUCGUUGGGGCUGCCAGAUUUUCCAGCGCGGUUGGACUUGUCACCAUAGUGGAAUGUUGCCCUGUGCUCAUAGGUCCUCCUUUAGGAGGUGAAGAUCCACAUGAGAAUCUAAAGGGAUGCAUUGCGUGCAUGUGCAAUAGGUAGAUUAAGAGCAUAUCUCUACUGGCCCAUAAAUCCAGGUUGGUUAGUGGAUGUUACUGGUGAAUAUCAGUACAUGUAUUUUGUCUGCGGAGUGAUUGUGAUUGUGGCAAGUAUCUGGUUAUUUGUUGGAAAUACCAUUAACUACAGGCUUUUGGCAAAAGAAAAGAAGUUAGAAGAUGAGAAGCAGAAAGCACAGAAGAACGCUGACUCAAAGGAAGCGGAACCACUAACAAACAAUGAGAGUGACGAUUCUGCCAGGAGAGCUGAUAAAGCUCUUGAAGAUCCUUCAGAGAGAGAAACCAAUAUUUAAUCUGCAAUAUAGCUCAGAAGGCAACAUUUAUGACCUCCAUUAGAAAUAUGUCUUCAAGACACAGGCCAGGUUUUGUAGUAAUAAUGAUCAGUCACAAUAUUGGGUGGGAACAGAUUUUUGCCCCAUUGGCAAGACUCUAAGUUAAAUUACUAUCUAUGGUUUAUUUAUUUCAGUGAUACAAAAUUGAGAUUACAGAGGUAGUGACUCCAUCCAAAUAAGUCCAUGACACUAUGACUCUGGACAGUCAAGAGUCAGGUAAACCAGACUAUAUAGCCUUCCAGUAACAAAUGGUUUCGUUUCAAAAGUAUAUCUAAUGCAAAAGUAUCUCCUACUCUUGUUUGUGAAGAUACUUUGUGUUCAUCUUUUGAGAAUUGUUAAAGUCUGUUGAAAUAAUGUGCCCAAACUGUACCUACCACUACUGUUAAAAAGAAUACAAGCUCAAAGAUCUUUUUCAAAAGAGACAGAGUACCCAAAUGAAGCACACUGAAACUUUUUUGUAUGCCCACUAGAUCAAAAAGAUACAAUAUGUCUGUAUAAACAAUUAUAACAUGGAUGUAAAAGUUAAGUCUGGAAGACAAACAAUUGGUGGGCACCAUCUCUAAAAUACAAUAAACAGCUGAAUUACAAUAUAUUCUAGAAGUUGUUUCCUCCUGUGGUAGCUGACUACAUUGUACUUCAACAUAUACAUUUGAACACAAAGUACAUUCAGACCUUAGUAAUUCAAACUAAGCUAAAAUUUGCCUGUAUGUAGAAGGAUUUAAACCCAAGAUUUACAUUGUUAGCAAAAGUGCCAAUUAGUUUGUUUGCUUAUGUUUUCCUGUGUGGCUGAAGGAUCUGGAUUAGACUGUGAAGCGUUCUUCCUAAAGGGACUAGGUUCAAAACCCAUUGAUGUUGAACGGGUACUUACCUUUGGCUUUUGUGGCCUGAAUCAGUUACAUGGCAAUGACUUCAAAGUAGAUGCUUGGGUUUACUGGCAACUCAUUGGUUGGUUGAUAGUCUACUAAGGGAAGAUUAAAGGUCCAACUUUAGGUCUUUGCAGACA